AUGCGCGGUCCACUUCAAACCCUCUUUCUCGGACUCAUGGGGUACUGCCUUGAUACUCUCAAAUUUGUUGGUGUUGCUACCUUCACUAACUCCAACGGCACGUAUCUCGGCAACUCCUAUCUGGAUCCUAUCUUCAAGGCUCUGAACGCCCGCAAAGUGCCCGUCUUCGUGCACCCGGCUGCGCCCGGUUGCAACGGCGUGUCCAUGGAUUACCCUAUUCCCAUGACUGAGUAUCCGUUCGAUACGGUGCGUGCUGUCGAGAUUCUGCUGCUCACCGGUCAGCGCGCUAGCUACCCGAACAUCAGCAUGAUCUUUGCGCACGGUGGCGGCGCAAUUCCCUUCUUGGCUACUCGUAUCGCGGGGAUGUCUUCAAUGCCUUUCUUGGGUGGCUUCGCUGUCACAGAAUCGGUGAAUCAGCUGGCAGGCUACUAUUUUGACACGGCAUCUGCGACAUCAACGAUCCAGCUGGCUGCUUUGAAGAGCUUUAUUGGAAUUGGGAAGAUCCUGACGGGGACUGAUUAUCCUUAUGUUCCUACUUCGCAGGCUCAGCCUGCUGUCAAAUCGAUACAGGUCAACGGGGAGUUCAAUUCGACGGAUAUGGCGCAGAUCAAUCAUCGGAAUGCGCUGUCGAUAUUUCCAUGGGUGGCGGAGAUUCUGGGCGUGAAAGAAAGGUCAAUUUAA